GCGCGCGAGUCAAAGCGCGAGACUUUGCAGAGCAGGAGAGAAUCGGAUAGAGCGAGCGGCACGCGUUGUAUCCAUGGACUACAGGAAUAUCUCGUUUCUUGUCCCCAACGUUUCUGCGUUUUACCUAUUUCUGCCACUUACCUCCUUUCAAUGCCCUAAACGGGUUUCGUUUCUUGUUUUUCUUGUUGGACUGUAAUUCAUCGGGUAAGUAGUGCUGGUGGACAUUCCCACUGUUGUUUCGGGACUGGGACAUCAUAUUCUGAAUAUUGUGGAUAUUAGAUGAUCGAAAAGUUUUGGACCCCUCGUUUUGGACAUCAGAGGCGCGCUCUUCACCGGCGUGAAAGUGCGACACAACUUAAACACUUUUGUCCGCCGAAAGACUGAAUUAUUUGUGCCGAGUGGAUGUUAAUUUUCUCAACGGGAGCAAAAAUACAACUCUCAAGUCCUUGACAGAAAUGCUAAUGCUGCGGUUGAUGGAGAAACGUUUCUAAAAAAUCACCCGCAGUGGACCUGGCGCCCCGCAUCAGUCUGCCUACGCUUCAAAACGUUUAACUUCACCCCAUGUACAAUCAUAAUAUUGUUUGAAAUUAAUUCCAAAUCAGAUCAUACAUUGACCAUAUGGCUUUGUGUUCUCCGAUUUGACAAUUACUUGGGACUUUCAGUUGAGGUCAUUGACUCCUUUGAAUGGAACAAAGGAGGUUGAUGUUUCUGAAUCUGCUUUCUUUUGCAAACAUUCAGAGAUUUGUUCUCCGAGUCUUUCAGAUGUGGAUGUUGCGGUCACACCAUCUCCUCAAGUGCAGAGGGAUCUAGUGAAGUUCAGCCCUCCACCAGUCUUUUGUCUCUGUUAGGUCCCAUUCAUUUAUUUUAUAGGAGGAACAUGGGAGUCCAGACGAGGGGAGCCUGGGUGGCUAUGGCGUUCUCGGACUGGGUCAGUGGAUUGGGAAUUCUCUUCAUCUUCCUGAUGGAGAGUUUAGCGGUGGAUGCGACUAACAUGGAACCAGUCUACUGGAACUCUUUGAACAGAAGGUUUGGAGAUGAGAGGGGCUACAUACUCUACCCUCAAAUAGGAGAUCGUUUGGACCUCGUUUGUCCUGCCACGAGUCCAUCAGGGCCAAACUCUCCUCCUGAGUAUGAGUAUUAUAAACUGUACCUGGUGUCCUCACGAGAGCAAGCCGACAGGUGUGAGGUGAUGGGCGCCCCGAACCUGUUGCUCACCUGCGACAAACCCAACAGCGAUAUGAGGUUUACCAUCAAGUUCCAGGAGUAUUCGCCCAACCUGUGGGGUCACGAAUUCAAGAACUUACGAGACUAUUACAUCAUUGCUACCUCUGACGGUACAAAAGAAGGCAUCGACAGCAUGAGAGGAGGCGUUUGUGUGACGCGAGGGAUGAAGCUGGUUCUCAAAGUGGGACAGACUGCGUAUGGCCUUCCCCCAAAGCCCAAACCUGAUCCAGGCCGUCCCAGCAACAGAAUCCCAGAUACAGAAAGUGGCUCUAAAGCAGGUGAUGGAAGUGAGUCCGGAGAGAGGGGAGACAGUGGUGCCGUCUCUGCCUCUAACAUCGCCCUAAUCGCCGGCGGUGCCGGGGGAGCCUUUAUCCUCCUGAUCGCAGUAGUGAUUGCCAUCGUGUGUUACCGGCGACGGAAAGCGAAGCACUCCGAAACUCACCAUCCUGCCCUUACGCUCUCCUCUCUUACCCCAAAGAGAGGCAGCUCCUGCGGGGCAGCUACGGGGGCCGGCGGGGGCAACAAUAAUGGCUCCGAGCCCAGUGAUAUCAUCAUUCCCCUGCGGACCUCUGACUCGGCGUACUGCCCCCAUUACGAAAAAGUCAGCGGUGAUUACGGACACCCCGUCUACAUCGUUCAAGAGAUGCCUCCUCAGAGUCCCGCCAAUAUUUACUACAAAGUAUGAGAUCAAAGAAGACGCAGAAAACCCAUCCAGAAUUUGUCGUACCUCACACACAUGCGCUGUGUGUCCCAAGUGACUCUAUAUUUAAGAGCCUAUAUGCGAUACUAGAACCUGGACAUGAAGUUGAGUUCUAGGAAAGUGGUAAAUCCAGCUUUUAUGUCAUAGCAGCGUGUUUGCAUUUAUUUACAAGUGUGUGUGUGUGUGUGUGUGUGUGUGUGUGUGUGGUGGGCGGAUCACGGAUUUCACAUGUACUCAGGUGCAAGUGAAUGUACGUCUCACGCUUGUUGGAGAUGAGUUUAUACGUCCAUUCUGAUGGUUGAAAUUGAGUUAUUGUGCUUAUCCUCAAAACAGUAGAGAGAAACAAAAGAAUACCUGUAUAAAUAAUAUAAGUACUUCUUACAUUUUUACUCUCUGGGGGGAAAUUCACUAGAAAAGUGCGCUGGCUGAUUGCGUCGUUUUUUGUUUUGUUUUGGGGGUUUUUUGCACAUGCAUUGUUUUAGUGGUCUCUCCACUAAAUGAAGUCUGGUAACAAUAAAAACCUGCCUAAAAGAUCUAAACUCCACCUCCACGCCACAAUCCUCCACCUGCGGACUGGAGCAAUCUGGCGUACUUUAAUGGGACUUUCCAGUAUUACAAAGAUACAGAAAACUAACUGAAUCUUUAAAAACGACAAAAACGUUUUGACAAGAUAUGUUUCUGUUUUAAAAUAUUUUUUCAUUAUUUGAUGAAUUAACGCUGCCAUUAUCAUUUACACAAUUUAGUUUUUUUUUUUGCCCAAUUGCUUCUUUUAUAGAAUCUGGUGAAGUCACUGAAUUCUUUGCACUUUGGAACAAUCUAAAAUGUUUAAUGUAAUUGGCAGAAUCAAGCUUUUUUGACUUGGAGUUGGACUUAGUAUAGACUGUUUAUGCAUUCUAAAACAAGGCUAAUUUGCAUAGAAAGGAGGCGAUUUUGCGUGGAAAAGGAAAAAUAAUUUAACAGUUCACUAAACAUUUUAAAACCUUUCUCCAUCGCACAAAGCACUUGUUAAACUGGCUAGUGUGGGUGGCUAGUGGAUGAGACGCAAAGUGUACUGGGCGCAAAAGCAGUGCAACUGUUUAGUGAAUUCGCCCCUCUUUAUUUUGUUUUAGUCAGUUCAUCUGAUUGUAAAUGUUUGUCUUUUCUGAACUCGGACCUCCAUCUGAUUUAUUUAUUAAGCAUCAAAGAAACGUUUUUUUCAUUUCCUUCCACUUCAUCAGCUUCCUAUCGCAACUCCUCAGCACCCGGUUGUUUGUUUUUGAGCUUUUUUAAACAUUUUUAUGUGAGCAGCAGGACUCGCGUGUGGAGGAGGUGUAGAAGGAUGAUCGACCGUUUCAGACGGAGACUCUUCUGAGAUUUCCAAGAGGUUGGAGGUCAAAGUUAAGCGGUCAAAGAAAAACCCCUCAGCGCUGCGCGGGAGUCCUUCACUCAUGAUGAUUUGAGGGCUUCUCCCUCUCUGCCCUGCCUUUUGAAGUACUGUGUACACCAUGAUAAACUGCUCACUUACCCUAGACACACAAUGCCAAACUUAUACACACUUAACACGCACAUCCACAUUACAGCAGUUUGAGUUUUCAUGCGUUAACCCCAGCAGAUGGACUCCAGCUGUUCGUUGGUAUGUUGCUCAGAGCACUGUGGUUCAGGCCGAAGACAGUAGGACUAAGACAGCCAGUGAGACUGUGCAUCUAAAUCAACCCAAUCACAAACUCUCCACAUCCUCUUGAGUGUUACACAUAUCCGUUGCUUGGUUACAAUCUCGUCUCGACUCUCAUUAUCACAUUUCGGGCGAUGUCUCCAAACCAUCUCUGACAUUAUCACCCUGUGCCAGCUUGAGGCUUCAGGUCCACAGUUCACCAGAGUUAUUUCACUGGAUGAGACAUGACAUCAUCGUGAGAUGUAGAAAGAGACGGUAUGUUACCGACCGGAGUGACCUGAGCUUUCUGGUUCAGACUUCUCUCCGUCCGUGUUGGUUUAUGUAUUUGUUGCCAUCAUUAUCGCAAUUGACUAAGAACCAGAAAUGGCACCUUUAUCAUUUUACUUAUUUCUGUUAAUGUAUUUUUUAUGUUUUCUUCUUCCCAUUUCAUUACUUUCAACAGUGUUAAUUUGUUUGUAGAUGGCGCAAAUGAGAGUACUCUAAAUGAAGCAAAAGCAAAUGCAAUUUUAUCCAACCUACCCUGCUUGUGGUAACCUUCGAUUGUAACUAGCAUUGGGAACUGUAAGGAAUUAUCAAUUGUAGUUCUGAUUCCCCUUAACUGCUCCAUUGACUAUUCUUUCAGUGCUUGCGAAAAAAGACAUUUGGGGGGAAAUAUAAGAGAUGUGAUUUUUAUGGCAUUUACUGUACUUAUCAGUCUUUUGCCAAAUGAUGGACUUUUGAGAGUUUUUAAUGGUGACAUGAAUUCAGUCCAAUAAUUAGUCUUAGCUGUGUAUUAAAUAAAAAAAACUAAACGUUGUCAAAAGUGGUAAGAUUUUCUAUUUUCGUAUUUUUAACAUCAUUAAUUUGUUUCUAUAAAAUACCACCAAUUACAAAAAAACAAUGUGUAUCUUUAUCUGCACAUUGUGAUAUGAAUAUUGAGUCAGGAACCAUGCUGAGUCGUCACACAAGCCUUAAGAUGAAAAUAAUAAAAACAAUUCCUUUUAAGUAAGUGAUUGCUUUGUUUGGGAAUCAGACUACGCUGAUCAUGUUCUGUGUUGAAAUCACUUAAGGCAUAAAACCUUUGAAAGAGAUUGAUUUUAAGUAAAUCGAAUAUUUACGAGCAGACCUUUAUUCCGUUUUGUUUUUGAGUUAUGUCUGGGAAAUAACUGAUGCUUGUUAAUUCUGAAUUGACAGGAUUGUUUUUCACUUCAUUUUUUCAGAAGAAGAAGAAAAAGAAGAUAUUUUCCAGAUUAUUUAUCUGAUGCAUUUACAAUGGCUGUGUCCGAAAUUGAACAAUCUCUUGAGUAGGUACUUUUUUUGAAUAAUUACUUAGCAGCCACUGAAAAAGUAUGUUUUAUGAAGUAUAAAUGUCAUAUGGAUGUACGACAUACAGUACAUCAAAGUUGCGUUGCUUCACUGCCAUUCACCAAUCACCCCCCACCCCAACAACGCCCUUCCCCCGUGGCCUCAUGGGAGAGUAAAGUCAUGUCACCUUUAUUUAUAUAACGCUUUUAACAAUACAAAUUGUGUCAAAGCACUUAACAGUAUCAAAUUGGAGAAUAGGGUGUCGGUAAUGUAUAAAGACUAGAUUAAACACUCAAUUUUCAGUUAAAGGCACUUCAUUAUUGAAUUCAGAGACGUUAUCUUAAAUAGUAUCUGUGCGAUCAAAUCGACAAUAAUUACUAGAAAUUAAGUGUCCCCAACUAAGCAAAGAACAAAACUCCAUCUAUGACUAAAUGGAGAAAACCUUGGGAGAAAACGGGCUCAGUUGGGGGGGCCAGAAUCAUGCUGGAAGUAGUAGGUUCUUUGGGGUAUUUUUCCCUGCGGAUACUGUGAAUUUGGACAUACUUCCUUUGUCUCAUUCUCCUUGUUGCCUACUAUAUAGUACAAAAGUAUGCAAUUUUGGAUGCAGCCAUAAACUGUUGUGUCAUUAUUUGAACGAGUUUCUAUACUGUGGUAUUCAAGAGAGAUGCAUUUUUGAACUUCUGCCCCCUGCAGGCCUGGAGGAACCAUUGUCGGGCUUUUUCAUACUUUAUUUUGUUGUUUCUUUGUAAAUGUGUUAUUUCUCCUUAUUUCUCCAUCAUCUGCCUGCAUUUUAAAAGAUGUAAAGCACUUCCUCGGCUGGCCAGACCAUGGGUUAGUCCAGAUUUAGUUUUUUUUUAGUUUUCUCUGUUUAACAAAGACGAGCCACCUGGCCUGGUUAAUGUUGAUCUAAGCCACCCAAAGCAUUUCAGUAACUACCAAAAAUACCGAUAGUGAUUACACAAUGGCACCAAACCCUGUUUUUAGCAUUUUACAUAGUCAUUCAAUACUGGCUGUUACACUUUUAUCUGUUUACAUUUGUCUGCUAACCGAAUAUCAUAUUUUGAGAUGCCUUGAUGCUAAAUUGUGAUGAAGACUGUUUCUAGAUAACUCAACAGUAUUUCUAUAAACAAUGCUGAUUUCAAGAGGACUUUUACGGUGUUUUAAGAGUCCAGUUGUACUGGACAGGAGUUGAUGUUCCGACUAUGUUAAGAUGUUAUAAAAACACUGAGGCAAUGAUAAAUAAAUGUUAAUAUGUUUAAAAA